AUGGCUCGGCGGGGCCUCUCCCGCACCGCCUCUGCGUGGUUCGUGCGCGACCAGCCGCCCGAGCCGCCCGAGGCUCAGGUGGCGGACGCCGUCCCCUACCGCUCCCGGGCGUGGGAGUCCCUGAUAAAAGAAGAGAAGACAGUGUAUGCAGAGAAGGCUCGUAAAUGGAAUAGCAAGAAACGCCCUCAGAAGAGAGUAAAGGAGACCUGUAAUGUGCCUGAUCCAGUUCCUGCUCCUCUGACCGCAAAGAUGCCCAGUGUCGCUCCUUUGCCAGAUGCCUGUGCUCUGUCUUGGAAGAAUGAUCAGGAUACGGUUGCAGACAUCUUCUACUUCCUGGACAUUUACAGCUAUGGGAAGCUGCCGCCCCACUGCGAGCAGCGCUUCCUCCCCUGUGAGAUCGGGUGUGUCAGAUACUCCCUACAGGCUGGCAUCGUGGCUGAUUUCCACCACUUCAUAGAUCCAGAAGUACCACCACGUGGUUUUAGGUACCACUGCCAGGCUGCUGGUGAUGGAACCCAUAAGAUCCCUAUUUCUGGAUUUCACCUUCCUCGUUCGUGUUACGCAGUUGUCCUACGGGAGCUUCUCGAGUUUGCCCAGCCAGACAGAGGUGCUCAGCCUCGCUUCUUCUGCAGGUCUAAUGACAGGUUCCGAAUCAACUGGUGUCUUGGUCGAAUGGCCAGCAUAACAGGUAUUGAGAGCCACUGGGAGCUCUUUGCUCUAGAAGACCUGAUAAUGAAACUGUACGAGAAAAAAUACCAAAAGGAGCCAUCCAAGAUCUGGGUGUAUAGAAAACUGGAUGUCUGCCUGUGGGAUUUCUCCAGAAAUACCAGGUGCAAGUGGCACGAGGAGAAUGAUAUCAUCUGCUGUGCUCUGGCGUCCUGUAAGAAAAUGGGUUACUGCAUCAGUAAAUCCUUUGCUAGUGUGUAUGGAGUCCCACUAACAGCAGCUCAUCUGCCUCUGCAAAACUCUGAUUGUGAUCAAAGCACAAAUACCAGGAGUGUGAGGCUGGAUGCUGGACAUAUCCAGAACGUGAAAGGUGAGAGUUCUGGAUGUGACAAACCUUUGGGUUCUCCAAGGCAGGAUAAAGAGUUUGUCCUUUCUAAUUGUGAUUCUCCAUGCGGUGUGAAGACCUCCCCUUGUGAAACGAGUGUUGUACAAGGAAGAGGAGUUACUCGAUUGCUGAGAAGUGCUUCUGAUCUAUUCAGGUCUUUCAGUAAUUGAAAAUCUCUCCCACAUCCAGGACAGCUGUAAAUUCUAAUUGUCUUUGUUUCCCUAAGAUAACUAGUAGUUUCUCCAGACUGCAGUUUUUAAUCUUCUGUGCAAACCUUGACAGUUGAAGUUCUUGUUAGAACUGUAAAACUAUUGAGUGGAUUUAGAGAAGAUACAGGAAGACAUACUUUGAAGGGACCUGACAAUCACAUCUUUAAAACUGCAUGCUGUACUAGUUGUAUUUCUUAAUGAAUGGAGUGCAAAUCCAACAUUGAGUAAUGGAUACAAUCAAAUUAGAAAAAUUCUUUAGUGGCCAGUGUGACUUAAACCAAACUUUUUGCUUCAUUUCUUUUUUAAUAACCUGCUCAUCUCCUGCAUGUGCAAGGUCGAGUUUCAGUGUGUGAAAGUCUUGCUUUAAAAACUGAUGCAGAGGGAAAGCCUUGAAGGUGUGAAGGGCAGCCCUAGGAGGAUGACUUCAAAGUCAGUAGUCCCAAAAGUUUGCUGUAAUAUAUCAGUUCUAGCCAUGAGAAAUUUGAGUGGCCUUUCAAGACAAAAAUGCAGAUUUUUAUAUAAAAUGUCUGGAAAGAAAUACUGUGACAAAUUUAUCUAUCUGGGAAUGUUCUUAGAGGUACAGGCUGUGUUAUGUACCUCAGGAACAAGUACAGCAUAGAUUUUGGGGUUUUUUAUUUGCAUCAGUUUUCUUUCUAAGAAAUGCGUGUCUCUCAAACGUAGAGACUGAAGAGAAGUGUAGGUGUUAUGGGGUUGGUUUGUUUUUGGGUUUUUGUUUGUUUGUUUUUCUGGAAAGAGUAUCAAAUUCAGACUGAUGUAUUUCACAGGAAUUUAGUCAGGCUGGGUAGAUACCAGUCAUAAUUAUUUGGGGACACAAAAAAAGUGGGGCACUGUCUGACACUUUCUAGGGAAGUUGUUAGAUGUUCCUUUUUAUGGAGGUAGUGCUCGGACUUAUCCCCAAAAAGUUGUCUGUCUGAGCCUUGUGCUUAGUCCGUGUGUCUCCAAAGCAAGUGAUUCUGAGAAAUAAGAGCUUAUUUUGUUAAGUUGUUCCUAGAUUUUGUACCAACAGAUGUCCAGUUUUGAAGUACUAUUUCCAUAGCAACUAACUGUGUGAAGAUUUCAUUCCUUGUACUGAAACUCGAGAUGAGGCGGUUCAUUCCCUUGAAUAAGGAAAAAACCCAAGAAAACAAAUGCAAGCAAAACCCAAAAUGCAGCCAAAAAGCCAAAAGAAGAGGUUUAUUUGAGCAUGCUGAUCAGUGUGUCACAAAAGGCCAAGUGCUGGUUUAGUUGGGAAACCUGUUGGAAUUGCUGUAGGGACAGUUGAACCCUUUCUUCCAGUGUUUCAGGAUCACUGAAGCAUUUCUAUUCUUACUUAACUUCACCUUUAUCACGGAAUUUCCUCAACUGAUUCUGUAUUUCCUUCCUUGGAGGCUGCUGUCCUACCUGCUGAUUUUCACCAAAUAAGGGACAAUAAUGCUCUAAGGCUGAAAUUUACCAGUGUUGUAACAGACCGAGAGUGUCUGUCAGGGAGUGCUAAAGGCUUUUCUACAUUUGUAUGGAGUUGUCCAAGUUCCUUAACUGACAGCCAUUGCUGCCUUGAUAUUUCAUAAUGUACAGAAUUAUCGUUUUUGAAGGAUUUUCAGAGUUCACUGUUGUAGUAAAAGUCUGUUUCAGUUCUUGUGUAGGAGAGAAUUCAUUAAAAAUUAUUGUUAAAAUACUUAGUGUUAAGUACACAAAGCUAAGAACGUGUUUUGUUUUUGCCAAGCUUAAUGUAUUGCAUGUUGAGACUGAGAUAAAGAGUGUGAGCAGAAGGGGGAAAAUGCCGUUAGGAUUCCAUGGCAUAUCUGUACCUUACCACCUGUAAAUUAAAAUAGCACAUAGAAGAUCUAAUUAUAUGCUGUAGGCAGUGGGCUGUUAACUGGGGCAGUGACUGUCUUACUGAAAUAACCAACAACUCUAAAGGGGGUUUUUUUGUAAUUAAGAUCUGUGCCAUUAGAAUGAGUACCCUAACUUAAAGUAGCCCAUUUCAUACUGUUAUUCUGCAUUUAUUGUGGGGGAAACCCUAACAGAUGUUGAAAGAUGAUAGAAAAUUCCUUCAUUUUGGAGCUCUCCUUCCCUGGCUGUUCUGCAAAUUGCAACUCUGGUUAAUUUCUGGAAAAAAUAAACUCUGAAAAACAAGCACAAUAAAGUAAUGCUUCUCUCCUUUAAGUAAGGGAAAAUAAAAAUGAGGUGUUGCAGCCUUAGUCCAUUUCCUAAGUGCCAGGAGUAGUACUGGUGAGGCACAAACUGUGUCAAAACCAGGACUAAAUUCUCCCCCCACUUGCAUGACAGAAUUCUCGAGGGGAGGCCAAACCAAGACAGGGCAGAAUGGCUCUUGGGCAGAGUCUGAGUGGUGCAGCCUGGCAGCUCUAAGCGUGUGCCUUCCACAGGAUGAGAUGUAACGGUGACAACGCUCUGCAUGUGGGCGUUUGGUAGCACAUCUGUUGAACUGGCUGGAGAGCUGUUACUGUAAAGGAGACAUCUGCUAGAUUCUAUCAGGCCUGACUUUCUGCCCUCCUGUUAGAGCAGCUGACUCACUCCUGUGGCAGGAAUGGGUAGAAGUCAUCCUGGUUCAGCAC